AUGAAACUGAAUAUAUAUUUUUGACGUCAACAGCUCGGGGAUUCUGAUCCUCAAAAGAGCAAAAAACAUUUAAAGGAGGUGUAUUGUUUGAUUUUUUUGUCAAAAUAAUUUUCAUUUCUUGUCGGAGUUUCGUUUGCUACGCGCACUUCUUCUGUUUUUAAACAUUUAGGUUUUUAUUGGAAUUUUCUCAUUCGUGCAUCGAUAUGACGUAACAAGACCAAAUUGAAACAGUCAUAAUGCAUAGUUCAACGAUGAAGUAUUUACACUCGACUCAUAGACAUAGCAAACAAGUCCAUAAUACAUGAGGCGGAUUUUGAAGUCAUUUUUGUAUUUUCUGUUUACAUCUCAGUGCAUUUUAGAGAAGGUGUGCUUGAGAUAGAUGUGAGCAAGAUGCAAGACUGAUCAGGGAAUCUGUUUUGAUGGUAUCUACUACAUGAAAUGGAUGCAAAGCGCUGAAGCUAAAAUCCUGACUUUGGAGUUGGAGUUGACAGCAAAUUUGUAUUGGCGCAACAGUUUCAAGAUCCUCAUCCCUUCAUUCUGAGAUACAUAUCUGCAAGAACUUUUGCUGCGGCAGAGUGUUGAUGCAGUAAUGUCUUUCUCCUCAAUCAGGCGCAACAUUCCGUAUUUGUCGCAGCAAGCUGGAGCUGCGAUUGCUAACACGGGCUUGUUUGUGAAGUUUGUCAUUGGAGUCACUCUGCUUGGAUACUGUUUGUCUUUUUCUGACACACUUAUUGAUGUACUUAGUGUUACACCAGGAUAUCUUCUCCCACCAAGAUUCUGGCUAUGGACUGCAUUCACCCACUGCUUCCUGGAAAUACAUCUGUGGGAAGUAUGUAUUGACAUUGUGACGAUUGUUCUGUGUGGCAAGCUUCUGGAGCCACUCUGGGGUGGCAAUGAAAUGCUCCUGUUCUUCUUGGUUGUGAAUGUCCUAGUUGCAGUUCUGUCUGGAUUCUUCUACCUGUUUUUGUACAUGUGCACAUUUAACACGGACCUCCUAUUCAAUGUGCACAUCCAUGGACUGGCUGGCUACAUAUCAGGCUGCUCUGUGGCAGUGAAGCAGAUCAUGCCAGAUCAUAUUGUGAUCAGGGCACCAGUGAAGAUCACUAACAGGAAUGUGCCUCUGAUUCUGGUCCUCAUCUCCAUCCUCCUCUAUGUUAUUGGAGCUGUUGAAGGAAGCUAUGCAACAAUGUUCACCCUUGGAUUUGUGAUCAGCUGGACUUACCUUCGUUUCUACCAGCCUCAUUCCAAUGGAACCAAAGGAGACAUGGCUGAUGGAUUUGCAUUUGCAAAGUUCUUCCCGAACGUGGUGCAGCCGCCCAUCUCGGCGGUGUGUAACGCCAUCCACGCCUGCCUGGUGAAGGUGCGCGUCUGCCGGCGGCCCGUGAAGAAGUACGACGUCGGCGCACCCUCGUCCAUCACCAUCAGCCUGCCCGGCGUGGAGCCUCAGGACGCCGAGCGGAGACGGCAAAUCGCGCUGAAGGCGCUGAGCGAGCGUCUGCAGCGCACUGACUCGCCCACGUCCUGGCCCAACAUGGACGACGACGCCAAGUCUCCGCCGGCCACGCACAGUCCGGCACCGCCGGCCAGUCCGACGGCGCCUGCCCCGGCCGCCCCGGCGCCGGCCCCGCCGCCGCAGCAGCAGCAGAAACAGCCGUCGGCCGCCGAAACGCCGGACGUCCAGGUGGUCUGAAUGUGACGUCACAAGACUGACAGAAAGUCUGGGAGGAGCAAGGGAGACGGAGCGGUGGUGGGCUCCGGCCGACGGCCUGUGAUGAGGCUUCAGCGGGGUGUGAAGAAGAGUGCGAUCGUAUCGCCACUUUGGUGACGCAUUUGGUUUGAUCAGGCGGGUCUUUAUAGUUGGCUCGCCGUGUGAAGUGUGCUUAUUACAGAUAGCGAGCCUAGCUGCCGGACAAUGAGUGUUGACUGGCCGUAACAGUCGGGGAGUUGAUAAUAUGUCCCGUGUGGUCAGAGGUCAGAAGGGAUUGCGGUGUGCAGUAUCGCGUUCAGAUUGAUCGCGAAAUCACGUUUGAGACGCUACCUUGAUGGCUGAGGACACCGGGGUGGUUUUCUGACAAUUCACGCACACACAACCACCAACGCCAGUGUCUUUUGUCCCGCUGACGAUGACGGAGGACGCGUCGGGUGGCACGCCACCGCGCCCGUUCCGGUGCUGAGCACGCCUGACCGUGUCUCUGACCACAGCAACCCCCCGUGGAGGAAGGGGCGCUGCAGUAGGUCCUACUGGUGACCGGAACGCUGGCGCCACCCGUUGGACGCGCCGGUGGGAGCGCCAGUGAGCGGCUACCAGCUGCCCCUUGUACAUAGCUUGUUAUAUGAGCUGUUUCCUUGUGAUUGGCUGGUUGUUUUGGUGAUGUGUCCUGUUUAACGGCGGUGGUAGGUAAGAGUUGUUAGUCAAUACGCACUCAGGGCCGGGUAUGGCCCAGGGUUUGCACAGUUACGCACCCGGCUAAAGCUUCUUUAAUGAUGCAAUGUUUGGGAGAUGGUCCAAGGCUAUCACUAUUAACCGCGCGAGUGAAAUAGUUCAAGUAAAACAUACUAAUCAUAUUUAUUAUCUGUAAUUUUGUUAUACAACUGUAAGGACCUACCAGCUCUUUCGGUUACUAGAUGCUUUCUGUGGCUGUAGCGUAGUUGUGGCUUUGAUAAGAACCGGCGUCUCCUUAGUUGUGUUGUAAUGGUUGCGACAAGUUUUUAUCAAAUUGUCUGUUCAUGAUAAAUGCGAGUCACUCUGUUGUUUUGGAACUACCCCAUACUAUCCUAUGCGUGUUUCAAGAAACAAACGUAGCUUGCUUGAUUUGUUUUGCAGCUAUACAGUCAUAAUCAAGUAACUUGUGUUGACCCUGACACCAUGUUAAUUUACUUUCCGGCUUGUCUUGUUUUCCCGAUCAUCCCUCGUUAUCGACGGGACGUUUCUUUUAGCCCUGUGCGCGGUACUUUGUGCAUUUCGUUAUGUCUUUGGGAAUAUUUGCUUUACCUGGUUAAAAAUUGCAUUCAUUCGUCCUAAAUGUUAUUAAUGGAAUUCGCUGAAACAUGUUUUACGUCAUCCAGUUAAAAGAAAUGUCCCGCCUCCGUCGGAGGGCUGGUCCGCCCGUUCACAGACGAGACUGACCCCAGCCCAGGGGCAGCAGUGCGUGCUCCCGGGCUGGGUCUGUCGUAAGGGUCUCCUGACGCAACGAAUGCGCUGGACAGGUUGUUACAACGGUGAUUUGAGCAGCGCGCCUCGCGAUAGUGAUGUCUCUGGCGAAAUACACGUCAUUCCAGACACU